ACUCGAAAAAAAAAAACAAGCCGUCUCCGGUUUGUUUGUUUACCACUGCGUGAAUUUAAAAACCUCAGAUAGAAGAAGUUGUGCCAAAAGUAGCUGCGUGGUUAAUUUGGACUUAUUGUGCUGCUGCAUUGCGAAAAGUAUCUCACUUAUUUAUCUCGCUUCUUUAUUUUAUUAAACGACUUUUAACUAAAAACACACCCGGAGGCUCAAAGUGAAGCAGCCCCGCUUACAUGUCGUGUACGCUGGUUGGGGUUGGUCCAUCCGGGGCUCGGGUCCUCCUGGAGGAUGGACGAGCUGUGAUUCUGGGCCGGGGUCCGGACACCGGGGUGGCCGAUAAGAAAUGCUCCAGGCACCAGGUGAAGGUGGUGGCUUGCUAUGCAGACCAGGAUGUGGUCGUAACUCAGCUCGGUCCCAAUCCAAGUUCUCUUGACGGCGAGCAGCUGAGCCGUGGCCAGUCUGGAAAACUCAAACACGGAGGCACACUCUACCUUGUUAACCAGAACCAUCCAUUUAAACUGCACUUUGCUCUGAGUUCAAACGGAGCGGCAUCCGGCGCUGCACAGAAAGGACUCAAAACCACAGGAAAGACAAAAGGAGGAAAAAACGAGACGGAAAAAGAGGGAAAGUCCAGUCCAAAUCCUAAGCGCAGUAUAAAGGAUUUCUUUUCUACGUCUCCCAUGAAGUCCUCUAAAAGACGACUGAGCCCAGAGAGUGGGCACCCUGAGGGGAAGCGCCAGAGGAAAGGCGAGGAGGCCUCAGCUAGAAGGAGGGAGGAAGAGGAGGACAAUGAGGAGGAGGAGAGGCUGGCGGAAGAAAAGCUCAAGCAGCUGCAAGAGUUGGCGGGGAAGUCUCUGACAGAAGAGAGUACGAGCCUUCAGCCGUCAUCGUCGUCUUCAUCUGCAAAAGGCUGUCUGAAGAGCAACUGGCAGCAGAUAAGCAACCUGUUGCUCUACACGGCUGCUGGUGUCAAAGCGAGUGACAAGAUCGCUGGGUUUGACAUAGACGGCUGCAUCAUCACCACCAAGUCUGGAAAAGUGUUUCCCACCGCGCCGGAUGACUGGAGGAUCCUGUAUCCCGAGAUUCAGCCCAGGCUGGCCAGCUUGCUCAAGAAAGGAUACAAGGUGGUGUUCUUCACCAACCAGAUGGGGAUCGCUAAAGGCAAACUGAGACCGGAAGUCUUCAAGUCCAAAGUAGAGGACAUCCUCACCAAGCUGAAGCUACCUGUGCAGGUGUUUGUAGCAACAGGUCCUGGCCUGUACAGGAAACCCGUGAUGGGAAUGUGGAACCACUUGUGUGAGAAGGCAAAUGAUGGUGUGACUGUCGACAAGACACAGACUCUUUAUGUGGGAGAUGCUGCAGGUAGACCAGAGAACUGGGCUCCAGGGAGGAAGAAGAAGGACUUUUCCUGCAGUGACAGACUGUUUGCUCUGAACAUUGGGCUGCAGUUCCACACCCCAGAGGAGUAUUUCCUGGGCUGGAAGAGCGCCGCCUACAAGCUGCCUAGUUUUGACCCUAGGAUAAUCGACUCCACUGUCAGGCUGUACGACCCACCAUCCGCCUCCCUCACCUCAAGCAAGACGGAGGUCAUUGUUGCUGUGGGUUUCCCUGCAUCCGGUAAAUCCACCUUCUUCCACAGCCACAUUAUCCCAAAAGGCUAUGUGUACGUUAACAGGGACACACUUGGCUCGUGGCAGAAAUGCGUGUCUGAAUGUGAGCGCGCGCUGAAAGAGGGCCAAAGUGUCGCCGUUGACAACACGAACCCAGAUACAGAGUCACGCAAACGAUAUUUGGAUGUGGCCAAGGCUGCAGGAGUGCCCUGCCGUUGUUUCCAAUUCACAGCCUCUCUGGAGCAAGCCAAACACAACAACAGAUUCCGUGAGAUGGCUCCAUCCGACGUCAAACAUGCCAAAGUCAGUGACAUGAUUUUUCACAGUUACAAGAAACAUUUUGUGGCCCCUGCGCUCUCUGAGGGAUUUUCAGAAAUCCUCCAGAUCCACUUCGUCCCAAACUUCAAAGACAGCCAAUCAGAAACCCUGUUCCGGCAGUUUUCAGAGGGCUGAUUCGACUCUCUCAUUGACAAAUCCAUCCUGUGAAGCAGCUGACAGUUGACUAAAAAUACACCAAGAUUGUCUUUGCGCUGAGAUGAGAAAUAAAACGGUGUGACAACAA